AUGGUGGGCAGGAAAAAGGUGGCAGCUUUCCACUCAAUCAUUGAUAGGACCUGGGCAAGGGCUACUAAUUGGAGAACUAAGUUUUUACCAGCAGCAAGUAAGGAGAUACUACUCAAAGCUGUGCUUCAAGCUAUCCCAACCUAUUCCAUGGGCAUUUUCCUCCUCCCUCAGUCAAUCAUUCAAAGACUCAACAUACUACUUAAGAAAUUCUGGUGGGGGUACAAUGAAGAUCACACAAAGAUUCAGUGGGUGAAGUGGAGUCUCAUGGGGAAAGCAAAGGAUCAAGGGGGGCUGGGGUUUAGGGAUCUUAACAGCUUUAACAUUGCAAUGCUAGCAAAGCAAAGUUGGCGCAUCCUAAAAUUCCCUGAUUCCCUACUAGCCCAAGUUUUCAAGAGUAAAUACUUCCUGCAUUCAGAUUUAAUGGAAGCAAGACUGGGAAACAGGCCCUUCUUUGCUUGGAGAAGCAUUAUGAAAGACAACAUUCUUAUAGCAUAUGAAACACUCCAUGGGAUGAACACUCGGGGUAGAGGCAAAGAGGGCUUUAUGGCACUCAAAUUGGAUAUGAGCAAGGCGUACGACAGAGUAGAGUGGAGCUUCUUAGAAAGAGUAAUGCUGAGAAUGGGCUUUGAUGUCAAGUGGGUCAAUCUAAUCAUGAAGUGUGUAUCUUCUGUCACCUAUGCCGUACUGUGGAAGGAAAGCAUCCUUAGGUCCCAUUUUAAUCCAGAGGAAAUUGAGAAGAUAAAAGCCAUUCCCAUCAGCCUAGGAGGUAGGGAAGACCAACAGGUAUGGGCAGCCUCACCGAGUGGUUUAUUCAAUGUAAAGAGUGCUUAUCUCCUGCAUAAGGAGAUGAUCAACCAAAAGGAAGGCGAUUCCUCAAGUAGCAGGGAAUACUCUGAAGAAUGGAAAGCUGUAUGGCAUCUGAAAACCUCAAACUCAGUUAAAAUGUUCACUUGGAAAGCUUGCCAAGAUGCCCUUCCCACGUUGGCAAACUUGUACAAAAGGAAAAUAGUUGAGAAUAUGGAUUGCCCGAUAUGCAAACUGGCACCAGAAACUGGAGUUCAUGUGUUAUGGAACUGUGAGACAGCAAAGGGUGUUUGGGGACAGGGUUGCAUCAAAAUUCAGAAGAUGGCAGGAAACAGAACCUCGUUCAGUGAGAUUUGGAGUCAGAUGGUAAAGAACUUAAAGAAAGAAGAUCUUGCAGAAGCAGCAAUUACAGCUAGGCUGAUUUGGUUCAUAAGGAACACCUUGAUCCAUGGAAAUUCCUUCACCCCUCCAGGUCUAAUUAUUCAAGCAGCUAAAAUGGAAAUGAAGAACUUCAAGGAAGCCACGGAUAAGCCACAAUUCAAUCCAAGAUGCACCUCGGGUCAAACAUUUGAAUUAUGGAAGAAACCACCAGAGGGUUCAUAUAAACUUAACUGGAGUGCGAGAAUUGACAAAGCAACAGCUAGAGUGGGAAUUAGAGCAAUCAUAAGAGAUCCUAGUGGCCAGGUGAUUGGAACUCUCCAAGCAACAAGAUCUUUAAGAACUGACCAAUUUACUGCUGAAUCAUAUGCCUUAUUGAUAGCAUCUUCUUUCUACAAAGAAAGUGGAAUCUCAACAGUGAUUGUGGAGGGUGAAUCUCAAAAAGAGAUAAACAUUCUUAGAUAUGAAGUAACUGAUUGGAGUCAAGGGGAUCUGAUUAUCGAAGAAGCAAAAGAUGUUCUCAGCUCGUGUCUGUCAUGGUCGGCUAACUUAGCCAAGAAGGAGGCAAACAACGCAGCUUGUAUUUUAGCUAAAAAUGCUCUUUUGAUGUGUGAAGACGUGUAUGAGUUAGAAGAAAUUUCCAACUGUACCUUAUCCACUGUUCUCAGUGAGAUGAUGUAA